ACAAGGCCGGCGAAUUUAUAACAUACUACGAGCCAGAAACCUUUCAAAUGAUAUUUAGACAUUCUGAUCGUCUUCUAUAUUCCAUCUAAGCAUUAGCUUGACGAACUGCUUCUUGAGUUGUUGUGAUUCGGCACGUAAGCUUUGGGGAAAGCAUCCAGCAUCGACAGCGCGACUUACACGGGUGGGCAUUGAGCGAUGCUGGUCCUCAAGGAAGGCGAUGUCUACGGCCUUCUAUCAAACAUCACAGUCCUGGAGUGCAACCACCUGCUGACUACUCUUCACGAUGCCUUGCGCGAAUGUACCAAGGAUAAACAUCUGCCUCCAUCCGAGCGCAGCAUCCACCAGCCCGAGCGAGAGGCCAUUACAACGAAACUAGGCAACACGAGCUUAUUCAUGCCGACCUCAAUCACGACUACAACAGGAGUCAAAGUCGUGACCCUGAGCUCCGGUGGCCUGAAAGGAGCGAUUAAUCUCUUCACACCGGAUGGCGUCUUGCUUGGCGUCCUCAAUGCCGCGGAGGUCACUGCUUUCAGAACGUCCUUGGCCGUAAUGAUUCCGUUUGUACGAUACCCCCAUCCCAAAACCAACAUGGUCGUAUUUGGGGCAGGUAGACAAGCGGAAUGGCAUGUGAAACUGGCCUUACUUCUGGGCCCGGUGAAGCACGUAACGAUUGUAAACCGGGGACCCCCACGGAGGAUGGAGCAGCUCUUUGCAACUUUGCAGCAGAAAUAUCCGGAUGUCAGGUUCGAGGUGCUUCUGAAGUCGGCGCCUGACUACGACUCACGACUACAAAAGUGCCUCCAGGACUCGGACUUUAUCUGUGGUUGCACUCCGGCCACGGAGCCGCAUUUUCCAGCCUCACACUUGGACAGCAAGCCAAGGUAUAUCUCGCUCAUUGGGUCGUAUAAGCCAGUGAUGCAGGAGGUGGACUCGGAGACACUGCUGUCCGGCCAGCACAUAUACUGUGACACCAAGGAAGGUUGUUUGGCGGAGUCCGGAGAGCUCAUAAGGGCCAAAGUGACAGAAGAUCAAUUGAUUGAGCUUGGAGAGCUUUUAGACGAUAAAUCCUUGACCCCGAACGGCAACCUCGUCUUCAAGUGUGUGGGCUUGGGCAUAAUGGAUCUUGUCAUGGCAGGAGAAUUGAUUCAGAUGGCACAAGAAAAAGGGGUAGGAAUUGUCGUGGACGACUUCUGAUUGGCGGACGGCUCGAGCGGCCCUUGGUAUUGAGUCCUCACCCUCAUUCGGUGCCCCCCAAAUAGAUCGCAAUCUUCGAGUAUGAUCAAGGCGCCGCAUCUGUCUCGAUAUGUGCCUGGCAGCCACCCAGGCAGAGACAGCAGCUACGGUUCCAUGGUGAAGACACAGAACUCCUGCGAAGGGGGACAUCAUGGAAACUAUCCUCCUCCGGGGUUUUGCGAACAGGCACUUGUCUCUCGACGGC